UUUUUUUUUUUUGUAAUGUUCUUGUUUCUUAAUUAUUUAAUUAUUUUAUUUAAUUUCUUUUUCUCCAGGCGGAAGGGUGAACCUCCAAUUGUCCCAGGUCACAUAAUAUGGGGUAACGGAGAACAGUUCAAAAACGAUGCCAUCAAAUUCUUACACGAUAGCCAAAAGAGUCAUGGCGACAUUUUCACAAUCCGUUUCUUUAAUCAGCGGUUGACGAUCAUCGCCGAUCCACACAGCGUGGAGGCAAUGAGCCGUGAAAAAUGCUUCGAUUUCGACCCGAUCCAGAAGCAGGUAAACAUGAACGUGUUCAGCUUCGUCCUUGUCAACGCCCGCAAAAUGAUCAAGGAGGCUGGCAAACGCGUCCGCGGUUCGCACUUGGUCACAGAAAUGAGACGGUAUGCGAUCCAUUUAGACGAGGCCUUCAACAAAGUCGCGCAGGGUAACAACAAGAACAACAACAGCGUCUGCGAUAAAAAUGACGAAGACAACAACAACAACAACAACAACACUGACAAAAGCAACACUGUUGUCAACAACAACAACAACAAUGACAUCAAAAGCCACCGUCAGGAAACCGACGGACUCAGAAAGUUCGUUUCCAAAACGAAUUUCGCAGCCAUGUUUUAUACGAUUUUCGGUCGCAGUGACGAUCAGGUUUUUGAACCACAAACCGUCUAUCAUUGUUUCGAUGUAUUCCACCGUUAUUUCAACUACCUCUGGCUUGGCUUACCUAUCAAACUAUUUCCAAAAGCCAUUGAAGCCCUCAACGUUCUCUGCAAACAGCCGUCUUCCAAGAAAAUCCUCGCCCGCGAAGAUCUGUCCGAUUAUAUACGCUACUCAACCGAAUUUAUGCUUGCUCAUGGCCAGUCGGAACAAGAUAUUAUGGGACACAACUUGGUAUAUUUACACGUCAACUACAACACAUUUCGUCUGUCUUUCUGGAACAUGUAUUUCCUGCUAAGCAACCGAGAAGCUUACGACGCACUUUACAACGAAAUCUCCGGAAUGAUUCGCCAAAAAAUGGAGUCACGUGCUAGUGACGAAACUGGGCCUAUUGUCUUCAGCAUUAAAGAAAUCGAAGCUAUGCCAGUUCUCGAUAGCAUCAACAACGAGACUUUACGAUUGUGCAGUGGAGUUUUCAUGGUACGCUACGUUAGCGAUGAUUGCAAUUUCAAGAUGUGUAACGGUCAAACGUUUCUUAUCCGAAAAGGUGACAGAGUCGCUGUCUAUCCACCAGCCAUUCAUAAAGAUCCUGAAAUCUUUGAAAAUCCUAUGACUUACAAAUAUGACCGCUUUGUCGAUCAGAAGUUCUACAAGAAUGGUAAACAGCUGAAGAAUCCAAUAAUGACCUUUGGUACACUCUGCCCUGGUAAGCGUUACGCAAUUCUCCAAGCCAAAUGGUACCUCGUGAGUCAAAUAAACAAAUUUGAAAUGUACAUUUGUAAUGGACAGACGGCCGAACUUGAUAUCAGCUACCAUGGACACGAAAUCCUUCCACCAGUCAAAGACAUAGAUAUCCAGUUUCGAUGUCGCGAAAAUUAUCAAGAGAUUACUAUGCACUAACCAAAAAACGAAAAAAAAAAAGCAGGAACCAGAAAACAAGCAAAACCACCCCCAAAUUAAAACACACAUACACACACACACACACACUCAAGACCAAAAAAAAAAAAACUGAAUCAAAAAAAAAAUGUUCGAACAAACAAAAAAUAAAAACAAUGAAAAAAAAACUGAGAGGAAAUUCCUAAAUGAAAAUAAAGAUAAUGAGAAGGAAAAACUUUAAGAGAGAGAGAGGAAAGAAAGGGAUGAAGAGGGGGGGAGAAGAGGGAAACUUUUUUUUGUGAUGAGGAAAAGGAAGAAUUGAAGACAUUUUGAUCCAUCCAUUAUUAUAUUAAUUAUACAAAUCAGUCUUACAUAUUGAUACUUUCUAUCCAUCUGUCUAUCUACCAUCCUUUUCUAUUUCUAUUUUCUAUUUAUCUAUAUAGAGCUAGCUAAUCGCUCUGUCUUAUCUUUAUUUAGCUAUCCUGACUGACAACCUAUAUAUAUAUAUAUCCAUCUUUGUUCGUUAAUCCAUCCAUUCACUUCUCUGCUCAUUAUCUUUAGAUGCGCGUGUGUAUACACACACACACACACAUACAUAACAAACACCCUUCCACUUAGUUGUAUUUUUUUUUUCAUACUCUGAUUGGUGCAUCCAUCCGCUGGCCAACAUUUAUCCAUCCAGUUAUCUCCAUAUAAAAUGGCUAAUCUAAAUAGCUAUGUCCCUAUAUUUAUUUAAACGUAAUCUUAACAAAGGUUCUUAUUUUUUACACUAUUUAAUUUCUAUACAUUUAAAAAAAAAAAUGAAAUUUUACAAGCGCAUAUACCAUAUUUAUUAAAUAACAUUUUUUAUAGAAAUGAGCCCGGCGGGUAAUUUUCUAUAUACUAUUUUAUUUUAAUUUAAUUAUUUAUUUUUAUCUUGAAGACUCAAAUAUCUACAAAGAGGGGGAAAAUCUGUGACAGAGUUUCAAUUAUUCACUUGAGCUCAUCGGGAGACAGAAACGAUAGAUAUAUAAGUAUCAAAAUCAAAUGAUAAUAUAUAAUAUCUAUAAGUAAAUUAUAAUUACAUAUUUAUUUUUAUGUGAUAAAUUAUUAUUAUUAUUAUUAUUA